AUGAAUCCAUUAAUUUCUAUUAGUACGACAUUACUGGCCAUUGUAUGUUGUUUAUGUCAGACAGUUAUGGGCGCCGAUAACUACGAUGACAACCAAAAAGUCAAUAUCGAUGUCUACUACGAAAGUCUGUGUCCCGAUUGUAUCGGUUUUAUCAACAAACAAUUGGUACCUACCUAUCCCAAGCUGAGCAACAUUAUGAAUGUCCAGUUGUUUCCCUAUGGUUUUACAGAAACCAAACGGGUUAACCAUAGCGACGGUACCUAUGAUCUGGAGUUUGACUGUCAGCACGGUUUGAGAGAGUGUAUCGGCAAUUGGAUUCAUAGCUGUGUAUUGGACAGUCAGCCAAUAAAUAAGUCAAUUGAAAUAAUUGGUUGUAUGAGUGCUUCAAAAUUAAGUGCUAAUCCCGCUGCCGCUGCUGAGGAGUGCGCCAAAACACACCACUUUGAGUGGCCGGCCGUUAAGGACUGUGCUGCCAGUCCACUGGGCCGCGGGUUGUCCAUGAAAGUGGGUCAACGAUUUUUGGCCCUCAAACCUAAACCAUGGUUUGUUCAUUGGAUUGUUUUGAACGGUCAGCACACGGAAGACAUACAGAAACAAUCGGACAGUGAUUUACAUAAACUUGUUUGCGAUACAUAUAAGGGCACAAAACCAACUGAAUGCAACUGA